AUGAAGAGGAAGGAAAAUACCGAAGAGGAAGUGGAAGGUUAUGUGAAUGUAGGAGAUUCCAAUGCUUUGGUUUUGUCCGGAUCGAAGAAGAAGAAGACUGGAGAAUCUCAUAAGUUAGUUACGUCUACUGGUGAGAAGUUAGAUUUGAAGAAAUCGAAUAAAAUAAAGGAAAUACGGCAAAAGAAAGAACAGAAGCUCACAAAGAAUAAGAAACGAGAACUGAAGAGGUUGGCCGAGAGGAAGAAGGAGAAGAAAACGGUACGAUAUUAUAUUAAAGAGAUACAUAUUUAUUCGUAUCGUUAGAUAAUUUGGCUAUGAGUUUAUCAUAUAGAGUGUUUUUAGAGAGCAGAGCUAAUUGCUAGUCUCCAAGAAUUCCAAACGAGUGUAGAUGUAUCUUCAAAGUUAACUUCAACUAUUGCUAAGAACAGCGCUGCACUUAAGUAGGUAUAUAUAUUUUUUUAUGUAUUUAUGCUUUUAGUGAAAAGAUACCAAAGUUUCCUACAAAACUUCGAGCGAAUAACAGUACAGUUGAAGCUAAACGGUCAUCUGUUGUUACUGUACACUGUGAUACAGGUAGUUCAGAAAGUGAAGACGAUGAGGAUGAAAAAGGAGAGGAUAACGUUGUUGCCGUUGUUAAAGAAAUCAAAGUAGACACAACGACAGUUGAGGAAACAGAUGUAGUAAAACCUGACUUGAGCAUGAUUACAAGGACAGCUCAAGAGAAAGUCAAAGAAGCUGAAGAAAAAAAGAUAAAAAGGUCAGAGGAAACAAAGUUCAUGCGGUUGUUGUCGACCAUCAAAGGCAAAAAAGUUGUUGUGGAUAGAGAUUCAGCUAUACAGAAGCAACGAUCAUUGUUGCCUAUUUAUGGAGAAGAACAAUUGCUGGUGGAGAAUAUCGACGAAAACACUGUAAUUUUAAUAUUUUUACUAUGUCAUUUUUUUAAAUUAUAUUAUUUACCUUUUUUGAAUUUUUUGAACAAAAAGAUUUUAGGUAACCAUAAUAUCAGGAGAAACAGGAUCUGGUAAAACAACACAAAUACCUCAGUUCUUGUACGAAGCGGGAUACACUUCGAACGGACAUCUGAUUGGAGUUACUGAACCUCGACGUGUAGCUGCGAUGAGUAUGGCCGAGAGAGUGGGACAGGAACUGAACAAUCCCGACAUAUCAUCGUAUCAGGUAUGGAAUAAUUUGUUUUUCAAGGUCUAAAAUUUUAUUUUAGAUAAUUAAAAAAUUAUUUUCAGAUCAGGUUUGAAGGUAAUCGGUCAGAGAAAACUAAAAUAUUGUUUAUGACAGACGGUGUUUUACUGAAAGAGUUGCAAACAGAUCCACAAUUAAAGGCAUACAGUGUGAUAAUCAUCGACGAGGCUCAUGAGCGUUCUAUCUACAGUGAUGUUCUGAUUGGGCUUUUGUCGAGGAUCGCAGUCCAGAGGGUCAAGAUUGGAACACCUCUGAAGUUAGUCAUUAUGAGUGCCACUUUGAGGACGUCCGAUUUCAUGCAGCCAAGGUAAUGUUAUGUUGUUCUUGCUUUUUAAAGAUUGUGUUCAUUAGUGUGAUCAGGGUCGGGCGCGAGGAGGGGGGGAGGGGGGGGGGGACCCCCCAGAAAAAAUUUUUGCGAAAAAAAGUUGAAUGUGGUCCUCCCUGUGGAUUUUUGGAAAAAAAAUUUUCGCAAAAAAUCGGCACAGGUAGCUCUACCUGUGCCGAUUUUUUGGACCACCGCCCCCAGACCAAAAGUCCCCGCCCGGCCCUGGGUGUGAUCUUUACAUUUAGUCUUAAAUUUUUCUUGUGCUAAGGUGUUUAAUUCUAGAUUGUUUCCUGCAGAAUUACCCAAGUUAAUUAACGUUGAGUCAAGACAGUUUCCAGUAACCGUGCAUUUUGAAAAGAAGACACCAGAUGAUUAUAUCACCGCAGCUUAUCACAAGGUGUCUAAAAUACACGAGAGACUACCAGAUGGUGGAAUACUCGUGUUUGUAAGUGGCCAGAAAGAAGUGCAUCGUCUUGUCAAGUUACUAUCACAAACAUAUCCUCCACCGGUUCAGAAGAAGAAUACAUCAGAAGAACAAGGUGAAGAUGACAAUGUAGAUGUUGACUUUGAUGAAACCGGGGUGGGAGAGUGUGAUGAGGAUUCUGAAAACGAAGGUAAUGAGGAAGAUGAAUAUGCUUUGGCUGCUCCAAAAUUGGAUCACGCAAAGAAAGGACCAUUGUAUUGUCUACCUUUAUAUUCUAUGAUGCCGUCUCAUUUGCAGCACAAGGUCUUUGAAGCACCGCCUGAGGGUCAAAGGUCAGGUUUUAACGGUUUUUUUGUCAUAUUUAAAGUAAUAUUUUUUAGUUUACAGAAAAACCAAAAAACUUUUUUGUAGCAGUUUUAUGUUGACAAUAACGACAAUGUUUAGGCUGUGCGUGAUUGCCACAAACGUUGCUGAGACAUCUUUGACCAUUCCAAAUAUAAAGUAUGUAGUAGACACAGGGAAGGAAAAGCGUAGAGACUACGAUCCAAUUACUGGAGUGUCCCAGUUCAAGGUAUCCCCCAUCUCUCAAGCAUCAGCUUCUCAACGUUCUGGCCGUGCUGGUCGUGUAUCAGCCGGUCAUGCUUACAGAUUAUAUUCUUCUGCUGUCUUCGAAGAUUUUCCAAAGUUUCCUCCGCCAGAGAUUCUACACAAACCGAUUGAUCUGGUUGUGUUACACUUGAAGUCGAUGGGUAUUCUGAAGGUUGGCAACUUCCCGUUCCCGACACAACCAGAGAAAGAUCAGUUGGAGGUCGCUGAGAACAGGUUGAUCAAACUCGGGGCGUUGGAACUCAAACAAGGACAGGUAUGUACUGUUCUCGUACUUUUAAUUUGUCACAAUUGUUUAGUUUCUUACAGAACAUUAACUAUUCCAUUUUAGAGUGUCUCCUCCAUCACCGGUUUGGGUAAGACUAUCCUGUCGUUCCCAUUGUCACCAGAAUUUGGCAAAAUGGUGGUUAUGGCCAAUAAGAAUAAUGUGCUGCCGUACCUUGUCACUUUGAUAUCAGCAUUGACAGUCAGAGAACCCAUGAUAAACAUAGCAUCGUUGCAAGGGUCCGACAAUGUGGAAACUCAAGAACUGAUGGUGAUGUUAAUGAAGAAGAGAAGCCAGUGGAACAACUCGGCUCAAACGAGACGAUUGGGUGAUCUGAAUGUCUUCUUGAAUGCCAUUCACACAGCUGAUAAGAAGAACCUUGACAGAGGAGGCUGUGUUCAAGUCGGUCUACGGUUUGAGGCUUUGAAAGAGAUUCGGAAGAUGCGACGACAACUGACGAAUCUGAUCAACAAGUCGUUGAAACUUGAAGAACCCCUAGUCUUAGAUCCAGAUGUGAAGUUACCAACUGAAACACAACUCAAGUUAAUCAGGUAAGAAUGAAAGCAACUUUACAUAAAGCUAAGAAGGUUAUUUUACAAAAUAAAAUACAGUAAACAAUCCACUUUUUAAUUUUAAACAUCUAAAUGCAAAAGGUGUUAAAGUAUUUGUUUUUAGACAAAUCUUUGUCGCAUGCCAACAGGUGAAUGUCGCCAGAAAGCUGAAGGGGAAGGAUGUGCCAAAAGGAGCAUACCAGACCCAGAAAUUAGACGGCUUCGUAUUCAUAGAUGCCACCUCAACUUUAUUCAAAGAGGAACCUGACUUUGUGCUAUAUCAGGAGAUUAUUCAGCUGGACGGUCAGAUGAAAAUGCAGUCCGUACUCGAAGUUGAAGAAACUUGGUUUAGUACGAUUGCCAAAGGUGUGAAAUUUCCUUUAUUAUCUCAGAAACCAGCCUAAUCUUGUUGAUUAUGUAAUUGUUGACAACUUGUUAUUGUUUUUUCAUUAUAAAAUUGUUAUUGUUAUAGCCGUUUAUUGAAAAUCUUGUGUACAAUCGGAAAAGUACUGUAUAGACCCAAAAUAAUCAAAGUUUGAUAGUUUACGGAUCUUUUUACGUUGCCAUAGAGUAUUAACAUAGAAAACCGCUAAAACUCUAGUUUAAUUAAUAAUAGUUUGCAGGUUACGUAAAACUUAAAAUGCUUCCCUUGAGCCAGAAGGUUGGUCUAAUAAGACGUUUCAUCUCGCUUAUGCCUCCGGCCAGUGUUGUUCGACGUUUAGCACCAAACACUCAAAGGAACAUACCGUACAUCCUUGCCGAACUUCAAGUAAGUACUAGUAGAGAGUAACUUUUCAACCUCAAUAUAUCUCAAUAGUAACUGUCUAAAUGUAGGUAUGGGCUGAAAUGUCGUCACAAGAGGUACCGCCAAUGGAACCACAACAAUGGCAUUCCUACUUAAGUCUGAACACCCUACCUGAUCGUGAAAGUUUUCUGAAGAAACUAUGUGAAAGAAAGGAUUCGAAUGAUGAGGUAACUUCAGCAAUGACAAAUAUUUAUAUAUAUUGCUUUCAAUCUUUGAAAUACAAAAUAUUUCAGACGCCAAAAGAAGAAGAACAUGAAAAGGCAUUGCUACCCUACCUUAUCAGAGGCUCAGACUUUAGAGAAUCUGUAGACAAAACUUACGGGUCUAUCAUAUGGAGAAAACUGCGACUGAAAGAACACAACCCUAUCAUAAGUAUAGACUGUUCGUUGCUACACAGUCUUCCUCCCACCUUCUUAACGCAAGCAAUGUCGUAAGUUUCACAGAGUAAGGUGCAAUUGGUUUCAGAGGUAUAAACAAGUUGGUCACUGAAAACUGGUUCUCUGAAGACCCGUUUCUCAUCCACAUCAACAACUUCUCUCCAGAUGUCAGAGUUGCCGACAGUGCAAAAAGGCAUUGGCCGUUUUUGUAUGGACCACAAGGAAGUGUCAACUACACUCCACAUCCCUUAGGACCUAACGUCUCCAGUAACGACGUUUACCGUACAACUGACAUCCCUCAUGGUAAUAAAAUAACAUCCAGGUUAAUGUGUGAUUUUAGACAAAGUAAUCCACAUAAACAGUUUUGCCAAAGACGAGCUUACAGAGGACCAUGUUCGAGAAGGAAUGGCAUUCGUGGUAAAUGCUGUUUCCGACGAAAAAAUACCUAAAGGCAUGAGAGUCGUUCCAGAAAACAGCUUCAGAUUACCGUUGGAAAGACAUUUAAAGUAAGUCGGUUGGGCUCAUUGUGUAGUAUAUAAACAUCGUGCUGUUUUAAGGCCACUAAAACAAAAUUUAAAUAUUGCAAUUACAGAUGGAAACGAGGAAAAAAGUCUCUCUCACCACUUAUUGUCGUAAAUAUUAUCAAGGACAUGGUACAACACGAUAUGCAGUUCUAUGAUGCCAUGGUAAAGAAUAUACCCAAGAAGCACGUCACAGUUGAAGAAACACCAAAAGACGUUGAAGAGUUCGUCAAGAACACUCGAUUGGAAGUAGGUUAUUAGGUAUAAGAUUAAGAAAAUCAGAAGUUCAACGUUAUUUAACAAAGUGACAUUUUCAGAUACUAGAAUCAUCUACAAAUAUACUGAAAAUGCAAAGCGAGACAACACAGACCAGCAUACGACCCGUAUUGCAGGUACCAGGCGGUUCUGAACAAAAAAGAGUACGAGUACACAGGUACUCACGAGAAGAGCGAAACAGAAGGAGGGCUUUAGGACAAUAA